AUGAAAAUUUUUUUAAAGAAUGAUGAAGAAAAUUCUUUAUUUAAUUUUGAUAAUUCAAACCAAAAUAAUCAAUUAAAGAUUCUUAAUGGUGAUAACGCACUUCAAUCAUCUAUCAAUUCAGCGUUAUCAAUUUUCUCAAUUUUGAAAACAUCAUUAGGUCCAAGAAGUAUGAGUAAACUUAUAAUAAAAGAUAAUGGUUCAUAUAUAAUUAGUAAUGAUGGUGCUACUAUAUUAUCAAAUAUUAAAGUUGAACAUCCAGCAGCAGUUAUAUUAGUAAAUAUAGCAUUAUCACAAGAUAGAGAGAUUGGUGAUGGAACAACAUCAAUAGUUUUAUUAGCAGGUGAAAUAUUGAAAUCAUUAACAAAAUUAUAUUUUCAAGCUAAAUUUGAUGGGAAAUUAAUUCAUCAAACUACAAUCACAACAAUCCUAUAUCAACUAUUAGAAAUAAUUAAUAAUGGAAUAUUGGAUUCAGUAUCGGUUGAAUAUGAUAAUUCAACCACUGAUACUCUAUUCAAAUUGGCAGGUGUUGCAUUAGGCACAAAACAUUAUUCUUAUUGGACUAAAAAUUUAACAACUAUUACAAUUAAUGCAAUUCAAAAUUCAAUUAAUGCAAAUCAAAAUUCAUCAAUUAUAAUUGAUAUUAAAAAUAAUAUUCAAAUUUGUAAAUUACAAGGUGGUAAUAUUGAUCAAAGUUGUUUUAAAAAUGGUUUAAUAAUUUCAACAAAACAAAUUCCAUCAUUAAUAAAUAUUAAUAAUAAUAAUAGUAGUAUUAAAUUAAAAACUAUUAUAGUUGGAUAUGAUAUUAAUAAACAUAUUGAAUCAACACAAUCAAUACAUGAAACUAUAAAAUCAACACAAGAGAUGAAUAAAUAUUAUGGAAUAAGUGAUAAUUUAAUUUUAAAUUUUGUAGAUAGAUUAAUUAGAAACAAAGUUACACUUGUAUUUUUUAAACAUAAAAUAACAGAUUUCUUAUCACAAUUAUUAUAUUCAAAUAAUAUUUCAAUGGUUCAAGAUUUUAAUGAUACCAAUAGUAAUUUUGAAGCAGAUUCAAUAAUAACUAAACUUUCAAAAUUAACAAAUUCAAUACCAAUAAUGAAAUAUGAUGAAUUGGAUUUUCAUUUACUUCAACAACAGCAACAACAACAACAACAACAACAACAAAAUGAAUUUGAAGUUUAUAGUUGUUUUGGUACAAUUAGUAAUUUUGAAAUAAUUUCAAAGUUUGAAGAUGAUUUUUACAUUUACUUAAAUAAUAAUUUUAAAAAUAAUGGAUUAUCAUGUAUAUUGUUAAGAGGACCAACUAAAGAUAUAGUUGAUGAUUUAGAAAUUGGUAUUAUAGAUUCACUAUAUUUAAUUAAAUCAUCAUUGGAAUCAACUCCAAUGAUAGUUUAUGGUGGUGGAUCUUGUGAAAUGGCAAUAUCAAUGAAAUUAUUAGAAUAUUCAAAUAGUAUUAAUAUUAAUGAUAAUGAUAACGAUAAUGAAAUAAAUUAUAAUCAAAACUAUUGGAAAAAAGAAAUAUCAAAAACAUUAUCAGAGUGUUUUCAAAUUAUACCAACUAUUUUAGUAAUGAAUGCAUAUAACUCUUGUUCAAAUAUUAAAUCACCAUUAGAAACAAUAGCUGAAUUAUCAACUAUUCACUCUAAAAAAAAUCAAAAUCAAACAGAAAAACAAGAAGAAGAAGAAGAUAAUGGUGGUGGUAGUAGUACUCAAUGUAGUUUGGGUAUUGAUGGAUGGACAGGUGAAAUUAAAGAUAUGAAACAAAUGAAUAUAAUUGAACCAUUAAUACUUAAAAAAUCAAUUAUAACUGCAUCUAUUCAAGCCGUUAUAGCAUUAUUAAGAAUUGAUACAAUAGUAUCUUCAUCCUCUUUCGUUUAA